GAAGCGGCAAGAAUCAAGGCUGAGGCCGGACCUGUUUGCUUUGGCGACAGGGUGAUACGAGAAAUGAAGCCAACAGGUACAGACCCAAGGAUCUUAGCUUUAGCUGCUGAAGUUGCAAAAAGUCCUGAGCAAAAUGUCCCUGUUAUACUGCUGAAGUUAAAAGAAAUAAUAAACACCAUACCUUUAGGAAGCUCAGAGUUGAAGAAAAUUAAACAAGAUAUAUAUUGUUACGACCUUAUUCAGUAUUGCCUCUUGGUCCUCAGUCAAGAUUGUUCUCGAAUCCAGGGUGGUUGGACUACAAUAUCCCAGCUUACACAGAUAUUAAGCCAUUGCUGUGUGGGCUUGGAUCCAGGAGAAGAUGCAGAGGAAUUUUACAAUGAAUUACUUCCAUCAGCUGUAGAAAAUUUUUUAGUACUAGGGAGACGAUUACAAACAUGUUUUAUAAAUGCGGCUAAGGCUGAAGAAAAAGAUGAAUUGCUACACUUCUUCCAAAUUGUGACUGAUUCUCUCUUCUGGCUAUUGGGCGGCCAUGUUCAACUAAUACAGAAUGUAUUAUACAAUGGUCAUUUCUUGCAUUUACUACAAACUGAUAAUCAGAUAGACUCUACAGUCAUGGCUAUGCUACAGAACAUACUACAGCUGAAUAGUGGUGAUUUACUCAGAAUUGAAGGAAAAACCCUGCAUUCAAUUCUGAAUGAAAUUGUUUUCAAGCUUUUAUCAACUAGUCCAGUCAUGAGAAGUACUGCUACAAAACUCCUACUAUUAAUGGUGGAAUCCCAUCAAGACAUUUUGAUUUUACUGAGACUAAGUGCCUGCUACAAAGGACUCAGAAGUCUACUAAAAAAACAGGAAACUAAGACAGAAUUUAGUCAAGAACUUAAACAGCUCAUUGAACUUUUAAGCCCUAAGGCCUAUCAAGAAGAAGAGGAACAGCAGAAACUACAUCAAGCAGCUUGCUUGAUUCAAGCUUAUUGGAAGGGUUUUCAGACUAGAAAGAGAUUAAAGAAGCUUACAUCUGCUGUGAUUGCUUUGCAGAGGAGUUUCAGGUAAAAAAAGAAAUUGCAUCACAGUGAGUAUGUUGUGAUAGUGGGUGUCGUCUUUUUAGGUCAGGUUGAAAAACACAACCAGGAAAUAGAAGAGAAAUCGGCAUUGAUUAUCCAGAAGCAUUGGAGAGGGUACAAGGAAAGGAAAAAUUUUCACCACCAGAGGCCAUCUCUCAUGGAGUAUAAAGCAGCUGUCACACUUCAAAGAGCAGUGCUUAAAUUCCUAGCAAAAUGUCGUAAGAAAAAGAAACCAUUUAUUCCUUGGCAAGGACUCCAAGAACUCACUGAUGCACGUAGAGUUGAACUGAAGCAACAAGUGGAUGACUAUGUCAAAAAGCAUCCAGGCUCUCAGUUGUCAGAUGUGGCCAGCAGGGAGCUCCAUGCCCACGCUCAGGAACGACUGCAACACUACUUCAUGGGCAGGGCCCUAGAAGAGAGAGCCCAACAGCACAGAGAGGCUUUGAUGGCUCAGAUCAGCACCAAUAUCGAACAACUAAUGAAGGCACCAAGUCUGAAGGAGGCAGAAGGGAAAGAACCUGAGCUCUUCCUAAGUAGAUCCAGGCCUGUGGCAGCCAAGGCCAAGGAGGCCCAUCACACCACCCUGAAGCAUAUACAGGCACCUUGGUGGAAGAAGCUUGGGGAAGAACCAGGAGAUGAGAUUGAUGUUCCAAAGGAUGAGCUUAGUGUAGAAUUAGGAACUUUAUUCAUUGGUGGAACGAAACCACCUUAGAAAGUUACCCUGAGAGCUAACAGGAAUCUUUUAUUUCAGGAGAUUGUAUUGGUUCUACCUCUGGCAUGCUGAUAGACUACCACUAUCCAAACUUAUGAUUUUCUGGACAUUCCUUUCCAAAUAAGAUUUGUCGUAAACAGAGUUAUCUUCUGCCUCUCUCUGAAUUCUCUUUUUCUUUUCUCCACAACCCCGUCUCUGGCCACACACAUAGAUUUAUGUGGCUUUUAUUAUGGAGCUAAACUCAGCAUGGCAUUCUGUUUGUACAAGAUGUGAUAUUUCUUUCAUUUCUACUGUUUCCAACUAAAGGUUUUGUCUAAAUAAAUAUUUUCAAUAAUUGAUU